AUGGCACACGGUAUAUCCGACGACGAUUCAACAAAAAAAGAAUUGAUUGAUGCACCCGAUAUAUUGAAUAAAAAAUUGAGUCAACUAGCCCAAUGGAUUAAAACUAGUAAACAUUUUAUUAUAUUUACUGGAGCAGGAAUAUCAACCAGUACAGGAAUUCCAGAUUUUCGAUCAGGGAUAAAUACCAUAUUACCAACAGGUCCUGGUGUCUGGGAAUUACGUGAUAAAGGUGUAACACGUUCAAAAAAGGCUAAUGUGACUACGAGUACAAAAGCGAUUCCAUCUGUGACUCAUAUGGCUAUUGUUGAAUUAGCUCGUCAGGGUAUUGUUAAAUUUGUUAUUUCUCAAAAUAUAGACGGAUUACAUCUUCGCUCAGGAAUAAAAUCAAGUAUGUUAGCAGAAUUACAUGGAAACUCAAAUUUGGAAUAUUGUCAGAAAUGUAAAACAAAAUAUUUGAGAGAUUAUCGUACAAGAACAGCGAGUAAAGUACACAAUCAUAAAACCGGGCGAAUAUGUAAAAAAUCAAAUUGUAAGGGACCAUUGUUGGACAGUAUUAUUAAUUUUGGAGAACCAUUACCAGAACGAGAAUUAACUACAGCUUUUCAACAUGCAGAAAAGGCUGAUUUGUGUCUUGUACUGGGAUCUUCAUUACGCGUUACACCAGCUGCCGAUAUUCCUGAGCGAGUAGCAACCAAAGGUCAAAAAUUAGUUAUCGGAAAUCUACAAUUGACUCCCAUGGCAUCAAUAGCAAAGUUAAAUACUCAUGCUAUGUGUGAUGAUAUCAUGAAUGGUAUUAUGGAUAAAUUAGGUAUACCCAUACCACAAUGGGAACUUCAUCGUCGAAUACGUAUUGUUAUUCAAUCGAAUCAUAUAACAUUAAGCGGUUUAGAUUUAGAUCAAGAAAAUAUACCUUACAGUCUAUUUACACAAGUGAUGUUUUCUCUACGUUCUGGUACUAGUGAAGUAUACAGUUCAAAAUUUCUAAAAGAACCUAUUUCACAUCAAAUAAAUCCAAUGUUGAUCAAACAACCAUCAUCGAUUUUAUAUGAUUUGUAUACGGAAAUGCAUUUUCAAGGACACUAUAAUGAACCACCUUAUACAUUGAAGUUACCUUUUGUAGAUCAACAACAAGAUAUACAUUUGUUUUAUAAUCCGAAAACAAGAAUAUGGAGAUAUCAUCUUCGUUAUUGGGAAUUAAAUAAACACAAUAGAAAAGAUAAAUAUAUACGAAUGGGUGCAAAGUCAGUUAAACCCGUGGAAUUGAGCGCAGAGGAUAUUGAGUUUAUAUCGAGAAAAUCAAAACUUGAUCCUGAAUCGGUCGAAGAAUGGUAUGAAAAAUUGAAGGCAGCAUGUCCAAAGGGUACAAUUGAAAAAAUUGAUACAAAACGUUUUUUAAAAGCAAUUGUACAUGAAAAAGAGAAAGAAGAAACGAUUGAUAAAUUAGCUGAUGAAAUUCAUCGAUCAUUUGAUACAAAUCAUGAUGGAAAAGUAGAUUGGCGUGAAUUUCUUAUUGGCUUUGCGUUAACGUCAAGUGGUAGUUUGCAAGAACGAUUGAAAUAUGUUUUUCGAACAUAUGAUCAUAAUCAUGAUGGUGUGAUUAACAAAAAAGAAAUUGAUAAAAUGGUUAAGGUUGCGACAUCGUUACACGGAAAACAUGAUGAAAACACAGAAAGAAUCGUUGAACAAUUACGAAUAGCAUUAGAAAAAUUAAAUCAAGAAAAAGACGCGGAUCACAAAGAUCGUGUGACAGCAGACGAAUUCAUUCAAAUAUUACUUGACAAUAAAGAAAUAUGUGAUCUAUUAUCACCAUUUAAUGUUACGUAA